AUGCCCUAUGUAUACACACUAUAUAGACAUCACACCCCCAACUCCAACUCCUACAGUAGCAACCUCCAACGAAACCAAACACAACCCUCCAUUGAACCAGCUAACAAGCAAACAAAGGCCGGUGCCAUAGCAGCCGUAACGGUCGACUUCCUAGUGUACCCAAUGGACACACUCAAAACGCGCAUCCAAUCACCAAACUACAACCACCUCUACAAAGACGCAGCAGGCGCUAUAAAACGAGACGUCCUCUUCCGGGGCCUAUACCAAGGUGUAUGGAGCGUUGUACUGGCGACUGUGCCGUCAUCAGGAGCAUUCUUCACAACCUACGAAACCACCAAACGCAUGCUAACCCACUCCUCCACGCAAUACCAAUCCCAAUCCCAUCCCCCAAACCCCCUCCCCUUCACACACCCCCUCCCAACACCCCUAAUCCACGCUCUCGCCUCCUCCCUCGGCGAAAUGGUCUCCUGCGCAAUCCUCACCCCAGCCGAAGUACUAAAGCAGAACGCCCAAGUCCUGAACAUGAAGUCCACAACAACCAGGCAAAGCGCAACCAUCCACGUGCUGGCGAAAUUCAGACACCGGCCUUGGCGGCUCUGGAGUGGGUAUACGGCGCUUGUGGGCCGGAAUUUGCCCUUUACGGGAUUGCAUUUUCCGGUUUUUGAGGGGGUGAGGGCGUGGCUUGUUUCUUGGAGGGGAGGCAAUGGGGGUGGUAAUGGACGAGGUAGUGAGGUUGGGGUGCUUGAGAGGGCGGUGUUGACGGGCGUUGCGGCUGGCGUGGCUGGGACUGUGGCUUCGGUUGUGACGACGCCGAUUGAUGUUGUCAAGACGAGGGUCAUGUUGGGAGCUGGCGGGGAGGAGGUGAAGGGUACGGAGGAGACGGUUAGGAAGGUGACGGGGACGUUGGCGGUUGGGAGGAAAUUGUGGAGGGAAGAGGGCAUUCGGGGCUUGUUUCGGGGGGGUGCGUUGAGGUCGGUUUGGUCGGCUUUUGGGAUGAGCAUUUAUCUGGGGAUGUAUGAGGGGGGGAGGAUGUAUUUGGGGAAGAGGAGAAAGGAAGCUGAUGAAGAUGGAGUGUUGUGA